GCGCCCCCUCCCCUCUCCCCCCUGCGAUCACUGUCCAUUGGCUUGUCCUGCUCUCUUUUUCAUGUCCAGCCCCUGAUGAGUGUCCAUUGGUGUUGCCUUCGCCUUCCCUCCUCCCCUCUCCCCGGCUUGCCCUGCCCAUGUUUUGUAUGUCUCUGUCCAUCCAGGCUCCUGACGUUCAAGUUCGCAGGGACGUCACGUCCGCACUUGAACUUGCAGCUCAGGGGGGCUUUUGCCAUUUUUUUCAUCUCUCUCUCUCCUUCUCUCCCUCUCUCUCCCUCUCUCUCUCCUCUUUUUUUUUUUUUUUUCCUUUUUCCUUGCACAAAAAAAAAGAAAAAAAAAAAGCCAUGACUGCUAUCCCACAAUUCAUCUUCCCUGCGCCAUCUUUGUAUUAUUUCUAAUUUAUUUUGGAUGUCAAAAGACAUUGAUGAAGAUAUUUUCUCUGGAGUCUCCUUCCUCUCUAACCCGUCUCUCCCGAUGUGAACCGAGCGACUCACAAGCCACCGAAGCCACCAACCCACCAUGUCGCGCCGCAAGCAAGGCAAACCCCAGCACUUAAGCAAACGGGAAUUUUCACCCGAACCUCUUGAAGCCAUUCUCACUGAUGACGAACCUGAACAUGGCACAUUGGGAGCUCCGGAAGGGGACCACGACCUCCUCACUUGUGGCCAGUGUCAGAUGAACUUUCCGUUGGGGGACAUUCUUGUUUUUAUUGAGCACAAACGGAAACAAUGCAAUGGCAGUCUCUGCUUAGAGAAGGCUGUGGAUAAGCCACCUUCACCCUCACCAAGUGAGCUGAAAAAAGCAUCCAAUCCCGUGGAGGUUGGCAUCCAGGUUACGCCAGAGGAUGACGAUUGUUUAUCAACGUCAUCUAGAGGAAUUUGCCCUAAACAGGAACAUAUAGCAGGUAAAGACGAGCCCAGCAGCUACACGUGUACGACUUGUAAACAGCCUUUCAACAGCGCCUGGUUCCUCUUGCAGCACGCACAGAACACGCACGGCUUACGGAUCUACCUAGAAAGCGAGCACGGCAGCCCCCUGACGCCACGGGUUGGUAUCCCAACAGGACUAGGUGCAGAGUGCCCUUCCCAGCCACCUCUCCACGGGAUUCACAUUGCAGACAAUAACCCUUUUAACCUGCUCAGAAUACCCGGCUCAGUCUCGAGGGAGGCAUCGGGGCUGGGAGAAGGGCGCUUCCCACCCACACCGCCCCUCUUUAGCCCUCCCCCGAGGCACCAUUUGGAUCCGCAUCGCAUUGAGCGCCUGGGUGCGGAAGAAAUGGCUCUGGCCACCCAUCACCCUAGUGCCUUUGACAGGGUGCUGCGACUGAACCCCAUGGCGAUGGAGCCCCCCGCUAUGGAUUUCUCCCGGAGGCUGCGGGAGCUGGCCGGCAACACCUCCAGCCCACCCUUGUCCCCGAGCCGGCCCAGCCCUAUGCAAAGGUUGCUGCAGCCCUUCCAGCCCGGCAGCAAGCCCCCGUUCCUGGCCACGCCACCCCUUCCUCCUCUGCAGUCUGCUCCUCCUCCUUCCCAGCCGCCCAUGAAGUCCAAGUCCUGCGAGUUCUGCGGGAAGACCUUCAAGUUUCAGAGCAACCUGGUGGUCCACCGCCGGAGCCACACCGGGGAGAAGCCCUACAAGUGCAACCUCUGCGACCAUGCCUGCACGCAGGCCAGCAAGCUGAAGCGCCACAUGAAGACCCACAUGCACAAGUCAUCCCCUAUGACGGUGAAGUCGGAUGAUGGGCUCUCCACCGCCAGCUCCCCUGAGCCGGGCACCAGCGACCUGGUGGGCAGCGCCAGCAGCGCCCUCAAGUCUGUGGUGGCCAAGUUCAAGAGCGAGAACGACCCCAACAUGAUCCCUGAGAAUGGGGAUGAGGAAGAGGAGGAAGAGGAGGAGGAGGAGGAGGAGGAAGAGGAGGAAGAGGAGGAGGACUUGAACGAGAGCGACCGGCCGGACUACGGCUUUGGGAUGAGCUUGGAGGCAGCCCGCCACCACGAGAACAACUCUCGGGCCGGCGAGGAGGGUCGGUCGAUGCCGGACGUCAUGCAGGGCAUGGUCUUGAGCUCCAUGCAGCACUUCAGCGAGGCCUUCCACCAGGUCCUGGGGGAGAAACACAAGCGGGGCCACCUCCCCGAGCCCGAGGUGCACAGGGACACUUGCGACGAAGACUCGGUGGCCGGCGAGUCCGACCGCAUCGACGAAGGGGCAGUGAACGGCCGGGGCUGCUCCCCGGGGGAAUCCGCCUCGGGAGGCUUGUCCAAAAAGCUGCUGCUGGGUAGCCCCAGCUCCUUGAGCCCCUUCUCCAAACGCAUCAAGCUGGAGAAGGAGUUCGACCUGCCGGCCGCUGCCAUGCCCAACACCGAGAACGUUUAUUCCCAAUGGCUGGCAGGCUACGCUGCAUCCCGGCAGCUGAAAGACCCCUUCCUCAGCUUCGGCGACUCCCGACAAUCGCCCUUCGCCUCCUCCUCCGAGCAUUCCUCGGAGAACGGCAGCCUGCGCUUCUCCACGCCGCCGGGCGAGCUGGACGGAGGGAUCUCAGGCCGCAGCGGCACGGGAAGCGGAGGGAGCACCCCCCAUAUUAGUGGCCCGGGCCCUGGGAGGCCCAGCUCAAAAGAGGGCAGACGCAGCGACACUUGUGAGUACUGUGGGAAGGUCUUCAAGAACUGUAGUAAUCUCACCGUCCACAGACGGAGCCACACGGGCGAGAGGCCGUAUAAGUGUGAGCUUUGCAACUACGCCUGCGCCCAGAGUAGCAAGCUCACCCGGCACAUGAAAACACACGGGCAGGUGGGAAAGGACGUUUACAAAUGCGAGAUUUGUAAGAUGCCUUUUAGCGUGUACAGUACCCUGGAGAAACACAUGAAAAAAUGGCACAGUGAUCGAGUCUUGAAUAACGAGAUAAAAACUGAAUAGAGGUAUAUUCGUUACCCCCCCCUCCCACCCCCCCCAUCACCCCCAUCCCUUCCCCGCAUCCCCGUAGAGGUUUUUCUAGUCCCUUGUGAUGGAAAUCAUGGAAAGCUAAGGAUAUUUGGAAAGUGCUUGUCACCAGCACACCCUGUUUAUUUUCUUUUUGUUCUCACCGUUUGAAUGCAUGAUCUGUAUCGGGGCAAUACUAUUGCAUUUGACGCAAACUUUGAGCCUUUCUCUUGUGCAAUAAUUUACAUGUUGUGUAUGUUGGGGUUGUUUUUAUUUUCUUAUUUUUUGGUUUGGUUUGUUUUGGGUUUUUUUCUUUUGUUUUGGUUUGUUUCUUCUUUUUUCUUCUUCUUCUUUUCAUUUUUAUUUGUUGGAUUAGACAGCAUGUAUGGUAUGUUAUGGCUGUUUUUAAAUUGUCCCUGAUUAGUUGCUGAGCAAACACGUCGCUGUUUCCAGUUCCGUUCGGGAAAAGAAAGAAAGAAAGAGAGAAAAAAAAAAGAGGAAAAAAGGAAAAAAAAAAGCAAAACAAAACCAAACCCGAGAGCAAACAAAACCGACCAUGCUGCAUACAUCCUGUAAUACAUAUCAUGUACAGUUUUGUUUUGUGACGUGCGAAGGAAAACACGCUUUGGGUAACCCUCUACGGACAGGAGCGAUAGCACCGAAGAAGCGUUGCAUUAGCUAGAUUUGCUGUCUUAAAAAAGGAAUAAGCCCACCGAUUGGAGUAUACCCAUUAGACAAAAGGAAAAAGGCCUUGAAUUGGAAAGUAACCGACUGCCACCAGUCAGAAAGAGGUAGAUUUCUGUUAGCGUUUGGUUUUAAAACACACAUAAUACACACACACACACAUACAAAUAAUGUGAGUGCCUUGGAUCUGUCGCGGCCGAUGCCGAUGGCUCCUCUCUGCUCGUCCUCCACGCGUAGCUCGUCUCCCACCGAGCGUGCGAGCCCCGUCUCGUGGCUCUUACAGCGCCGGCUACCUAAGAACGAAGAGGAAAGAGAAAACUUUAAGGAAGAGAAAGAAAUGACCCGCUCAGUCCUAGUUAAUCAUCAUUCUCCCCCCACCUUUUAUUAUUAUUAUAAUAAUAAUUAUUAUUUUUUAAAGCAGAACUGAUCGUACCAGUCUAAAAUCCCUCUUCGCUCCUGGAGAGAGCUUAAAACAAGAUAUAGGACCUUUCCCCCCACCAACCCCAAACUUUUAUCUUCCCCUCCCCAUCGAUGAUUAAAUAGAAUGUGAAACGCGCAGAGGCCCUUCAAUGCCAUUAAACACACAAGUAAGGAAAUCCGUUUGAUGAAGAUAUUUACUUUUAAUAAUAUCUUUUAUUGAUUCUGGCACCAAAAGCAAAUAAAUCCGGAGCCACUUGGUUGUCAAAGCUGACAAUCAAAUUAUAAACUUUUAAGACCGCGUGUGUACCGUAUAAAGAAUAAAAAGAAGACUGGCAAUAAUAUUUUACCAAGUGUAACUGAUAGAGGAGCAAAAAAAGUAAAAUAAAAUAUUGUGAUUUAUUAGCACAAUGUGGUACUGUUUGCCAUUUAAAACUAGAACAGGUUAUAAGCUAAUACCGACACAGUGAUGAUUAACUAUGAACUCUUUAAGACUUGCCUUUAAUGUGAUGCUCAGAAGAAGUAAUGGAGAAUUUAAAACAAAGAGAAAUAAUAAGCAAAAGAGUAGCAGUAUCUGUCUGUGCUCCCUAAAAGUUGUCCUUUUUCUUUCUCCCCUCCCUCCCAUAUUCUGUGUGCUAUUUGUGUUGAUGUGGAAAAGGAUUCCUUGUUUUAUUCUUAAGCUAGCGCCCGCCCCGGUUGGUGUUCAAAUAGCACUUGACUCUGCCUGUGAUGUCUGUAUCUUUUCUUUAAUCGAAGGUACAGAGGUUGAGUAUAAAACUAAGACUGCUCAGAUAGGACAAUUAAGUGCACUGUACAAUUUUCCCAGUUUACAGGUCUAUACUUUAAGGGAAAAGUUGCAAGAAUGCUGAAAAAAAAAGACCCCACAAAAAACCCAAUAAAAAAAUCGAACAUGAUCUCAUUGAUGAGCAUAAAAGAAAGAAAAACCCAUAAAAAACACAAAACUUUGCCAGCCAUUUACUUGACUA